AUGCCGACUCAAAUCUUUCUCAUUUCACCAAAACAAACCCGAGCCUAUAAACCACUGAAAUUAUCGAAGAGUGAUAGACCUACUCGAUGUGCAGACAUUUCUGAGUCAACAUCUACUACUCUAGCUAAUGAACAAACAAUAUCCUCAAGCGGCACUAAAUUAUUAGCAAUGAAAGCAAUGCCAUCUGUACGAAUGAGUCCACCUCAACAAUUGCACGACAGUUGUUUUGAUUGGGAUGAUGAAAAUCGGCGUUUUGGUCAAAUUUCAAAAUUACUCCAACAAAUCGAAUUAUCUGGUGAAUUACAAGGUCAAACUUUACUUCAUUUGGCUGCUAAACUCGGACAUGAAGAAAUAAUGAGAACGUUAAUUACGGAAACAUCACAUAUGAAUAGUUUAUUAAAUACGCGCGGCCAAACACCUUUGCUUUGUGCUAUCGAAGCUGGAUCAACAUCAACAGCAACGUUAUUAAUGGAACAAGAUCCAAUGUCAUUAACAAGUAAAGAUAACAUUGGUUCUAGUGUGUUCCAUUAUGCAACUGAACAUUGCAAUGAUAUUAUUUUAAGUCGAGCGAUUGCACUACUCAAACGACUUAGUUCAAGUGCUGCACGACUUACUGCUCUUCAACGACUUGUUGAAAAAAAUGCCAAUGGUAAAACGCCAUUUGUAAUUGCAGUUGAAAAAGUCGAUUUUAUCAAUGCUGAUUCAAUGAAAACAACCAUUGAUAAAGAUAAAUUCGACAUUGCUUCAUAUUUUGUGGCUGAUACACGACGUUUUGCUGCUAUUAUACGAAUACAAAUUGAUGUCAAUGGUCGUGCCUAUAAUGUACUUGAGUAUUCUAUUGCAUUGAAGAAAACUGCGUUCCUUCGAACAUUUAUCACUGUAAGAAUUCCAGGUGAUGAACGAGAACUUUAUAGAUCCUAUAAAAAAAUUUUAAAACACUAUAAUUUUGGUUAUUCGGGUUCAAGUUAUAUGAUCAAACUCCGAUACAACGAAUGUUAA